ACUGUUGCACCAAAGACAUCUCUAGCACCAUCAACCUCCACUUCAGCAAUAUUUUCUACAAACACAGCUGUACCAACUACAAGCUCUUCUUCUUUGCUAACAACGUCAACAUCUACAACACCCAUUUCAACAGCAAGCUCCAGUGCAUCUACAACUGCACAAACCACUGUCUCAUCAACAUCGGUGUCAACUGAAUCAACGUCAUCCCCAUCUACUACCGUGGCAGGUGCUUCAACAACAACACUAACACAACCACCUUCAUCAACCAUUACGUCAGUAGGUACGUCACCAUCUACAACAGCUUCAAGUACAACUCCAACCCCUGUGCCGACAGAGAGCACAGUGCAAAGUACAAUCAGUUCGUUUACCACUGAAUCCACUACAGUGCCAAGUACAAGUUCAUCAGCUUCACCCAGUACAUCUGCUUCUGUUGAAAGUACUGUCUCCUCUUCAACAGUAACAACUGUUUUGAUACCAUCACCAAGCAGUACCAGUUCAAGCACUUUAAUAGCAACUCCGACAACAUCAACUUCAUUAACCUCGACUGUUGCACCAAACACAUCUCUAACACCAUCAACCUCCACUUCAGCAACAUCUUCUACAAACACAGCUGUACCAACUACAAGCUCUUCUUCUUUGCCAACAACGUCAACAUCUACAACACCAAUUUCAACAGCAAGCUCCAGUGUAUCUACAACUGCACAAACCACUGUCACAUCAACAUCGGUGUCAACUGAAUCAACGUCAUCCCCAUCUACUACCGUGGCAGGUGCUUCAAUAACAACACUAACACAACCAUCUUCAUCAACCAUUACGUCAGUAGGUACGUCACCAUCUACAACAGCUUCAAGUACAACUCCAACCCCUGUGCCGACAGAGAGCACACUGGAAAGUACAAUAAGUUCGUCUACCACUGAAUCCACUACAGUGCCAAGUACAAGUUCAUCAGCUUCACCCAGUACAUCUGCUUCUGUUGAAAGUACUGUCUCCUCUUCAACAGUAACAACUGUUUUGAUACCAUCACCAAGCAGUACCAGUUCAAGCACUUUAAUAGCAACUCCGACAACAUCAGCUUCAUUAAUCUCGACUGUUGCACCAAAGACAUCUCUAGCACCAUCAACCUCCACUUCAGCAACAUCUUCUGCAAACACAGCUGUACCAACUACAAGCUCUUCUUCUUUGCUAACAACGUCAACAUCUACAACACCCAUUUCAACAGCAAGCUCCAGUGCAUCUACAACUGAACAAACCACUGUCAUAUCAACAUCGGUGUCAACUGAAUCAACGUCAUCCCCAUCUACUACCGUGGCAGGUGCUUCAACAACAACACUAACACAACCACCUUCAUCAACCAUUACGUCAGUAGGUACGUCACCAUCUACAACAGCUUCAAGUACAACUCCAACCCCUGUGCCGACAGAGAGCACAGUGCAAAGUACAAUCAGUUCGUUUACCACUGAAUCCACUACAGUGCCAAGUACAAGUUCAUCAGCUUCACCCAGUACAUCUGCUUCUGUUGAAAGUACUGUCUCCUCUUCAACAGUAACAACUGUUUUGAUACCAUCACCAAGCAGUACCAGUUCAAGCACUUUAAUAGCAACUCCGACAACAUCAACUUCAUUAACCUCGACUGUUGCACCAAAGACAUCUCUAGCACCAUCAACCUCCACUUCAGCAACAUCUUCUACAAACACAGCUGUACCAACUACAAGCUCUUCUUCUUUGCCAACAACGUCAACAUCUACAACACCAAUUUCAACAGCAAGCUCCAGUGUAUCUACAACUGCACAAACCACUGUCACAUCAACAUCGGUGUCAACUGAAUCAACGUCAUCCCCAUCUACUACCGUGGCAGGUGCUUCAACAACAACACUAACACAACCAUCUUCAUCAACCAUUACGUCAGUAGGUACGUCACCAUCUACAACAGCUUCAAGUACAACUCCAACCCGUGUUCCGACAGAGAGCACAGUGCAAAGUACAAUUAGAUCGUCUACCACUGAAUCCACUACAGUGCCAAGUACAAGUACAAGUACAUCAGCUUCACCCAGUACAUCUGCUUCUGUUGAAAGUACUGUCUCCUCUACAACAGUAACAACUGUUUUGAUACCAUCACCAAGCAGUACCAGUUCAAGCACUUUAAUAGCAACUCCGACAACAUCAACUUCAUUAAUCUCGACUGUUGCACCAAAGACAUCUCUAGCACCAUCAACCUCCACUUCAGCAACAUCUUCUACAAACACAGCUGUACCAAGUACAAGCUCUUCUUCUUUGCUAACAACGUCAACAUCUACAACACCCAUUUCAACAGCAAGCUCCAGUGCAUCUACAACUGCACAAACCACUGUCACAUCAACAUCGGUGUCAACUGAAUCAACGUCAUCCCCAUCUACUACCGUGGCAGGUGCUUCAACAACAACACUAACACAACCACCUUCAUCAACCAUUACGUCAGUAGGUACGUCACCAUCUACAACAGCUUCAAGUACAACUCCAACCCCUGUGCCGACAGAGAGCACAGUGCAAAGUACAAUAAGUUCGUUUACCACUGAAUCCACUACAGUGCCAAGUACAAGUUCAUCAGCUUUACCCAGUACAUCUGCUUCUGUUGAAAGUACUGUCUCCUCUUCAACAGUAACAACUGUUUUGAUACCAUCACCAAGCAGUACCAGUUCAAGCACUUUAAUAGCAACUCUGACAACAUCAACUUCAUUAACCUCGACUGUUGCACCAAAGACAUCUCUAGCACCAUCAACCUCCACUUCAGCAACAUCUUCUACAAACACAGCUGUACCAACUACAAGCUCUUCUUCUUUGCCAACAACGUCAACAUCUACAACACCAAUUUCAACAGCAAGCUCCAGUGUAUCUACAACUGCACAAACCACUGUCACAUCAACAUCGGUGUCAACUGAAUCAACGUCAUCCCCAUCUACUACCGUGGCAGGUGCUUCAAUAACAACACUAACACAACCAUCUUCAUCAACCAUUACGUCAGUAGGUACGUCACCAUCUACAACAGCUUCAAGUACAACUCCAACCCCUGUGCCGACAGAGAGCACAGUGCAAAGUACAAUUAGAUCGUCUACCACUGAAUCCACUACAGUGCCAAGUACAAGUACAUCAGCUUCACCCAGUACAUCUGCUUCUGUUGAAAGUACUGUCUCCUCUACAACAGUAACAACUGUUUUGAUACCAUCACCAAGCAGUACCAGUUCAAGCACUUUAAUAUCAACUCCGACAACAUCAACUUCAUUAACCUCGACUGUUGCACCAAAGACAUCUCUAGCACCAUCAACCUCCACUUCAGCAACAUCUUCUACAAACACAGCUGUACCAACUACAAGCUCUUCUUCUUUGCCGACAACGUCAACAUCUACAACACCGAUUUCAACAGUAAGCUCCAGUGUAUCUACAACUGCACAAACCACUGUCACAUCAACAUCGGUGUCAACUGAAUCAACGUCAUCCCCAUCUAGUACCGUGGCAGGUGCUUCAACAACAACACUAACACAACCAUCUUCAUCAACCAUUACGUCAGUAGGUACGUCACCAUCUACAACAGCUUCAAGUACAACUCCAACCCCUGUGCCGACAGAGAGCACACUGCAAAGUACAAUAAGUUCGUCUACCACUGAAUCCACUACAGUGCCAAGUACAAGUUCAUCAGCUUCACCCAGUACAUCUGCUUCUGUUGAAAGUACUGUCUCCUCUUCAACAGUAACAACUGUUUUGAUACCAUCACCAAGCAGUACCAGUUCAAGCACUUUAAUAGCAACUCCGACAACAUCAGCUUCAUUAAUCUCGACUGUUGCACCAAAGACAUCUCUAGCACCAUCAACCUCCACUUCAGCAAUAUUUUCUACAAACACAGCUGUACCAACUACAAGCUCUUCUUCUUUGCUAACAACGUCAACAUCUACAACACCCAUUUCAACAGCAAGCUCCAGUGCAUCUACAACUGCACAAACCACUGUCACAUCAACAUCGGUGUCAACUGAAUCAACGUCAUCCCCAUCUACUACCGUGGCAGGUGCUUCAACAACAACACUAACACAACCACCUUCAUCAACCAUUACGUCAGUAGGUACGUCACCAUCUACAACAGCUUCAAGUACAACUCCAACCCCUGUGCCGACAGAGAGCACAGUGCAAAGUACAAUCAGUUCGUUUACCACUGAAUCCACUACAGUGCCAAGUACAAGUUCAUCAGCUUCACCCAGUACAUCUGCUUCUGUUGAAAGUACUGUCUCCUCUUCAACAGUAACAACUGUUUUGAUACCAUCACCAAGCAGUACCAGUUCAAGCACUUUAAUAGCAACUCCGACAACAUCAACUUCAUUAACCUCGACUGUUGCACCAAACACAUCUCUAACACCAUCAACCUCCACUUCAGCAACAUCUUCUACAAACACAGCUGUACCAACUACAAGCUCUUCUUCUUUGCCAACAACGUCAACAUCUACAACACCAAUUUCAACAGCAAGCUCCAGUGUAUCUACAACUGCACAAACCACUGUCACAUCAACAUCGGUGUCAACUGAAUCAACGUCAUCCCCAUCUACUACCGUGGCAGGUGCUUCAAUAACAACACUAACACAACCAUCUUCAUCAACCAUUACGUCAGUAGGUACGUCACCAUCUACAACAGCUUCAAGUACAACUCCAACCCCUGUGGCGACAGAGAGCACAGUGCAAAGUACAAUUAGAUCGUCUACCACUGAAUCCACUACAGUGCCAAGUACAAGUACAUCAGCUUCACCCAGUACAUCUGCUUCUGUUGAAAGUACUGUCUCCUCUACAACAGUAACAACUGUUUUGAUACCAUCACCAAGCAGUACCAGUUCAAGCACUUUAAUAGCAACUCCGACAACAUCAACUUCAUUAACCUCGACUGUUGCACCAAAGACAUCUCUAGCACCAUCAACCUCCACUUCAGAAAUAUCAUCUACAAAGGCAGCUGUGCAAAGUACAAGCACUAUUUCUCUGCCAACUACGUCAACAUCUACAACACCCAUUUCAAUAGCAAGCUCCAGUGCAUCUACAACUGCACAAACCACUGUCACAUCAACAUCGGUGUCAACUGAAUCAACGUCAUCCCCAUCUACUACCGUGGCAGGUGCUUCAACAACAACACUAACACAACCAUCUUCAUCAACCAUUACGUCAGUAGGUACGUCACCAUCUACAACAGCUUCAAGUACAACUCCAACCCCUGUGCCGACAGAGAGCACACUGCAAAGUACAAUCAGUUUGUCUACCACUGAAUCCACUACAGUGCCAAGUACAAGUUCAUCAGCUUCACCCAGUACAUCUGCUUCUGUUGAAAGUACUGUCUCCUCUUCAACAGUAACAACUGUUUUGAUACCAUCACCAAGCAGUACCAGUUCAAGCACUUUAAUAGCAACUCCGACAACAGCAGCUUCAUUAAUCUCGACUGUUGCACCAAAGACAUCUCUAGCACCAUCAACCUCCACUUCAGCAACAUCUUCUACAAACACAGCUGUACCAACUACAAGCUCUUCUUCUUUCCUAACAACGUCAACAUCUACAGCACCCAUUUCAACAGCAAGCUCCAGUGCAUCUACAACUGCACAAACCACUGUCACAUCAACAUCGGUGUCAACUGAAUCAACGUCAUCCCCAUCUACUACCGUGGCAGGUGCUUCAACAACAACACUAACACAACCACCUUCAUCAACCAUUACAUCAGUAGGUACGUCACCAUCUAUAACAGCUUCAAGUACAACUCCAACCCCUGUGCCGACAGAGAACACAGUGCAAAGUACAAUCAGUUCGUCUACCACUGAGUCCACUACAGUGCCAAGUACAAGUUCAUCAGCUUCACCCAGUACAUCUGCUUCUGUUGAAAGUACUGUCUACUCUACAACAGUAACAACUGUUUUGAUACCAUCACCAAGCAGGACCAGUUCAAGCACUUUAAUUGCAACUCCGACAACAUCAGCUUCAUUAACCUCGACUGUUGCACCAAAGGCAUCUCUAGCACCAUCAACCUCCACUUCAGCAACAUCUUCUACAAACACAGCUGUACCAACUACAAGCUCUUCUUCUUUGCUAACAACGUCAACAUCUACAACACCAAUUUCAACAGCAAGCUCCAGUGUAUCUACAACUGCACAAACCACUGUCACAUCAACAUCGGUGUCAACUGAAUCAACGUCAUCCCCAUCUACUACCGUGGCAGGUGCUUCAGCAACACUAACACAACCAUCUUCAUCAACCAUUACGUCAGUAGGUACGUCACCAUCUACAACAGCUUCAAGUACAACUCUAACCCCUGUGCCGACAGAGACCACACUGCAAAGUACAAUCAGUUCGUCUACCACUGAAUCCACUACAGUGCCAAAUACAAGUUCAUCAGCUUCACCCAGUACAUCUGCUUCUGUUGAAAGUACUGUCUCCUCUUCAACAGUAACAACUGUUUUGAUACCAUCACCAAGCAGUACCAGUUCAAGCACUUUAAUAGCAACUCCGACAACAUCAACUUCAUUAACCUCGACUGUUGCACCAAAGACAUCUCUAGCACCAUCAACCUACACUUCAGCAACAUCUUCUACAAACACAGCUGUACCAACUACAAGCUCUUCUUCUUUGCCAACAACGUCAACAUCUACAACACCAAUUUCAACAGCAAGCUCCAGUGUAUCUACAACUGCACAAACCACUGUCACAUCAACAUCGGUGUCAACUGAAUCAACGUCAUCCCCAUCUACUACCGUGGCAGGUGCUUCAACAACAACACUAACACAACCAUCUUCAUCAACCGUUACGUCAGUAGGUACGUCACCAUCUACAACAGCUUCAAGUACAACUCCAACCCCUGUGCCGACAGAGAGCACAGUGCAAAGUACAAUUAGAUCGUCUACCACUGAAUCCACUACAGUGCCAAGUACAAGUACAUCAGCUUCACCCAGUACAUCUGCUUCUGUUGAAAGUACUGUCUCCUCUACAACAGUAACAACUGUUUUGAUAGCAUCACCAAGCAGUACCAGUUCAAGCACUUUAAUUGCAACUCCGACAACAUCACCUUCAUUAACCUCGACUGUUGCACCAAAGACAUCUCUAGCACCAUCAACCUCCACUUCAGCAACAUCUUCUACAAACACAGCUGUACCAACUACAAGCUCUUCUUCUUUGCCAACAACGUCAACAUCUACAACACCAAUUUCAACAGCAAGCUCCAGUGUAUCUACAACUGCACAAACCACUGUCACAUCAACAUCGGUGUCAACUGAAUCAACGUCAUCCCCAUCUACUACCAUGGCAGGUGCUUCAACAACAACACUAACACAACCAUCUUCAUCAACCAUUACGUCAGUAGGUACGUCACCAUCUACAACAGCUUCAAGUACAACUCCAACCCCUGUGCCGACAGAGAGCACAGUGCAAAGUACAAUCAGUUCGUCUACCACUGAAUCCACUACAGUGCCAAGUACAAGUUCAUCAGCUUCACCCAGUACAUCUGCUUCUGUUGAAAGUACUGUCUCCUCUUCAACAGUAACAACUGUUUUGAUACCAUCACCAAGCAGUACCAGUUCAAGCACUUUAAUAGCAACUCCGACAACAUCAACUUCAUUAACCUCGACUGUUGCACCAAAGACAUCUCUAGCACCAUCAACCUCCACUUCAGCAACAUCUUCUACAAACACAGCUGUGCAAAGUACAAGCUCUUCUUCUUUGCCAACAACGUCAACAUCUACAACACCAAUUUCAACAGCAAGCUCCAGUGUAUCUACAACUGCACAAACCACUGUCACAUCAACAUCGGUGUCAACUGAAUCAACGUCAUCCCCAUCUACUACCGUGGCAGGUGCUUCAACAACAACACUAACACAACCAUCUUCAUCAACCAUUACGUCAGUAGGUACGUCACCAUCUACAACAGCUUCAAGUACAACUCCAACCCCUGUGCCGACAGAGAGCACAGUGCAAAGUACAAUCAGUUCGUCUACCACUGAAUCCACUACAGUGCCAAGUACAAGUUCAUCAGCUUCACCCAGUACAUCUGCUUCUGUUGAAAGUACUGUCUCCUCUUCAACAGUAACAACUGUUUUGAUACCAUCACCAAGCAGUACCAGUUCAAGCACUUUAAUUACAACUCCGACAACAUCAGCUUCAUUAAUCUCGACUGUUGCACCAAAGACAUCUCUAGCAAGAUCAACCUCCACUUCGGCAAUAUCAUCUACAAACACAGCUGUACCAAGUACAAGCUCUUCUUCUUUGCCAACAACGUCAACAUCUACAACACCAAUUUCAACAGCAAGCUCCAGUGUAUCUACAACUGCACAAACCACUGUAACAUCAACAUCGGUGUCAACUGAAUCAACGUCAUCCCCAUCUACUACCGUGGCAGGUGCUUCAACAACAGCACUAACACAACCACCUUCAUCAACCAUUACGUCAGUAGGUACGUCACCAUCUACAACAGCUUCAAGUACAACUCCAACCCCUGUGCCGACAGAGAGCACAGUGCAAAGUACAAUCAGUUCGUCUACCACUGAAUCCACUACAGUGCCAAGUACAAGUACAUCAGCUUCACCCAGUACAUCUGCUUCUCUUGAAAGUACUGUCUCCUCUUCAACAGUUACAACUGUUUUGAUACCAUCACCAAGCAGUACCAGUUCAAGCACUUUAAUAGCAACUCCGACAACAUCAGCUUCAUUAAUCUCGACUGUUGCACCAAAGACAUCUGUAGCACCAUCAACCUCCACUUCAGCAAUAUCAUCUACAAAGGCAGCUGUGCAAAGUACAAGCACUAUUUCUCUGCCAACUACGUCAACAUCUAUAACACCCAUUUCAAUAGCAAGCUCCAGUGUAUCUACAACUGCACAAACCACUGUCACAUCAACAUCGGUGUCAACUGAAUCAACGUCAUCCCCAUCUACUACCGUGGCAGGUGCUUCAACAACAACACUAACACAACCACCUUCAUUAACCAUUACGUCAGUAGGUACGUCACCAUCUGCAACAGCUUCAACUACUACUACAACCCCUGUGCUGACAGAGAGCACAGUGCAAAGUACAAUCAUUUUGUCUACCGCUGAAUCCACUACAGUGCCAAGUACAAAUUCAUCAGCUUCACCCAGUACAUCUGCUUCUGUUGAAAGUACUGUCUCCUCUUCAACAGUAACAACUGUUUUGAUACCAUCACCAAGCAGUACCAGUUCAAGCACUUUAAUAGCAACUCCGACAACAUCAGCUUCAUUUAUCUCGACUGUUGCACCAAAGACAUCUCUAGCACCAUCAAUCUCCACUUCAGCAAUAUCGUCUACAAAGGCAGCUGUGCAAAGUACAAGCACUAUUUCUCUGCCAACUACGUCAACAUCUACAACACCCAUUUCAAUAGCAAGCUUCAGUGCAUCUACAACUGCACAAACCACUGUCACCUCAACAUCGGUGUCAACUGAAUCAACAUCAUCCCCAUCUACUACCGUGGCAGGUGCUUCAGCAACAACACUAACACAACCAGUUUCAUCAACCAUUACGUCAGUAGGUACGUCACCAUCUACAACAGCUACAAGUACAAAUCCAACCCCUGUGCUGACAGAGAGCACAGUGCAAAGUACAAUCAGUUCGUCUACCACUGAAUCCACUGCAGUGUCAAGUACGAGUACAUCAGCUUCACCCAGUACUUCUGCUUCUGUUGAAAGUACUGUCUCCUCUACAACAGUAACAACUGUUUUGAUACCAUCACCAAGCAGUACAAGUUCAAGCACUUUAAUAGCAACUCCGACAACAUCAACUUCAUUAACCUCGACUGUUGCACCAAAGACAUCUCUAGCACCAUCAACCUCCACUUCAGCAACAUCUUCUACAAACACAGCUGUACCAAGUACCAGCUCUUCUUCUUUGCCAACUACGUCAACAUCUACAACACCCAUUUCAACAGCAAGCUCCAGUGCAUCUACAACUGCACAAACCACUGUCACAUCAACAUCGGUGUCCACUGACUCAACGUCAUCCCCAUCUACUACCGUGGCAGGUGCUUCAACAACAACACUAACACAACCACCUUCAUCAACCAUUACGUCAGUAGGUACGUCACCAUCUGCAACAGCUUCAACUACUACUACAACCCCUGUGCUGACAGAGAGCACAGUGCAAAGUACAAUCAUUUUGUCUACCGCUGAAUCCACUACAGUGCCAAGUACAAGUUCAUCAGCUUCACCCAGUACAUCUGGUUCUGUUGAAAGUACUGUCUCCUCUUCAACAGUAACAACUGUUUUGAUACCAUCACCAAGCAGUACCAGUUCAAGCACUUUAAUAGCAACUCCGACAACAUCAACUUCAUUAACCUCGACUGUUGCACCAAAGACAUCUCUAGCACCAUCAACCUCCACUUCAGCAACAUCUUCUACAAACACAGCUGUACCAAGUACAAGCUCUUCUUCUUUGCCAACAACGUCAACAUCUACAACACCCAUUUCAACAGCAAGCUCCAGUGCAUCUACAACUGCACAAACCACUGUCACAUCAACAUCGGUGUCAACUGAAUCAACGUCAUCCACAUCUACUACCGUGGCAGGUGCUUCAACAACAACACUAACACAACCACCUUCAUCAACCAUUACGUCAGUAGGUACGUCACCAUCUACAGCAGCUUCAAGUACAACUCCAACCCCUGUGCCGACAGAGAGCACAGUGCAAAGUACAAUCAGUUCGUCUACCACUGAAUCCACUACAGUGCCAAGUACAAGUUCAUCAGCUUCACCCAGUACAUCUGCUUUUUUUGAAAGUACUGUCUCCUCUUCAACAGUAACAACUGUUUUGAUACCAUCACCAAGCAGUACCAGUUCAAGCACUUUAAUAGCAACUCCGACAACAUCAACUUCAUUAACCUCGACUGUUGCACCAAAGACAUCUCUAGCACCAUCAACCUCCACUUCAGCAACAUCUUCUACAAACACAGCUGUACCAAGUACAAGCUCUUCUUCUUUUCCAACAACGUCAACAUCAACAACACCCAUUUCAACAGCAAGCUCCAGUGCAUCUACAACUGCACAAACCACUGUCACAUCAACAUUGGUGUCAACUGAAUCAACGUCAUCCCCGUCUACUACCGUGGCAGGUGCUUCAACAACAACACUAACACAACCACCUUCAUCAACCAUUACGUCAGUAGGUACGUCACCAUCUACAGCAGCUUCAAGUACAACUCCAACCCCUGUGCCGACAGAGAGCACAGUGCAAAGUACAAUCAGUUCGUCUACCACUGAAUCCACUACAGUGCCAAGUACAAGUUCAUCAGCUUCACCCAGUACAUCUGCUUCUGUUGAAAGUACUGUGUCCUCUACAACAGUAACAACUGUUUUGAUACCUUCACCAAGCAGUACCAGUUCAAGCACUUUAAUAGCAACUCCGACAACAUCAACUUCAUUAACCUCGACUGUUGCACCAAAGACAUCUCUAGCACCAUCAACCUCCACUUCAGCAAUAUCGCCUACAGAGGCAGCUGUGCAAAGUACAAGCACUAUUUCUCUGCCAACUACGUCAAUAUCUACAUCACCCAUUUCAAUAGCAAGCUCCAGUGCAUCUACAACUGCACAAACCACUGUCACAUCAACAUCGGUGUCAACUGAAUCAACGUCAUCCCCAUCUACUACCGUGGCAGGUGCUUCAACAACAACACUAACACAACCAUCUUCAUCAACCAUUACGUCAGUAGGUACGUCACCAUCUACAACAGCUUCAACUACUACUACAACCCUUGUGCUGACAGAGAGCACAGUGCAAAGUACAAUCAGUUCGUCUACCACUGAAUCCACUACAGUGCCAAGUACAAGUUCAUCAGCUUCACCCAGUACUUCUGCUUCUGUUGAAAGUACUGUCUCCUCUACAACAGUAACAACUGUUUUGAUACCAUCACCAAGCAGUACCAGUUCAAGCACUUUAAUAGCAACUCCGACAACAUCAACUUCAUUAACCUCGACUGUUGCACCAAAGACAUCUCUAGCACCAUCAACCUCCACUUCAGCAACAUCUUCUACAAACACAGCUGUACCAAGUACAAGCUCUUCUUCUUUGCCAACUACGUCAACAUCUACAACACCCAUUUCAACAUCAAGCUCCAGUGCAUCUACAACUGCACAAACCACUGUCACAUCAACAUCGGUGUCCACUGACUCAACGUCAUCCCCAUCUACUACCGUGGCAGGUGCUUCAACAUCAACACUAACACAACCACCUUCAUCAACCAUUACGUCAGUAGGUACGUCACCAUCUGCAACAGCUUCAACUACUACUACAACCCCUGUGCUGACAGAGAGCACAGUGCAAAGUACAAUCAGUUCGUCUACCACUGAAUCCACUACAGUGCCAAGUACAAGUCCAUCAGCUUCAACCAGUAGAUCUGCUUCUGUUGAAAGUACUGUGUCCUCUACAACAGUAACAACUGUUUUGAUACCUUCACCAAGCAGUACCAGUUCAAGCACUUUAAUAGCAACUCCGACAACAUCAGCUUCAUUAAUCUCAACUGUUGCACCAAGGACAUCUCUAGCACCAUCAACCUCCACUUCAGCAAUAUCGUCUACAAAGGCAGCUGUGCAAAGUACAAGCAGUAUUUCACUGCCAACUACAUCAAUAUCUACAUCACCCAUUUCAAUAGCAAGCUCCAGUGCAUCUACAACUGCACAAACCACUGUCACAUCAACAUCGGUGUCAACUGAAUCAACGUCAUCCCCAUCUACUAUCGUGGCAAGUGCUUCAACAACAACACUAACACAACCACCUUCAUCAACCAUUACGUCAGUAGGUACGUCACCAUCUACAACAGCUUCAAGUACAACUCCCACCCCUGUGCCGACAGAGAGCACAGUGCAAAGUACAAUCAGUUCGUCUACCAUUGAAUCCACUACAGUGCCAAGUACAAGUACAUCAGCUUCACCCAGUACAUCUGCUUCUUUUGAAAGUACUGUCUCCUCUUCAACAGUAACAACUGUUUUGAUACCAUCACCAAGCAGUACCAGUUCAAGCACUUUAAUAGCAACUCCGACAACAUCAACUUCAUUAACCUCGACUGUUGCACCAAAGACAUCUCUAGCACCAUCAACCUCCACUUCAGCAACAUCUUCUACAAACACAGCUGUACCAAGUACAAGCUCUUCUUCUUUGCCAACAACGUCAACAUCUACAACACCCAUUUCAACAGCAAGCUCCAGUGCAUCUACAACUGCACAAACCACUGUCACAUCAACAUCGGUGUCAACUGAAUCAACGUCAUCCCCAUCUACUACCGUGGCAGGUGCUUCAACAACAACACUAACACAACCACCUUCAUCAACCAUUACGUCAGUAGGUACGUCACCAUCUACAGCAGCUUCAAGUACAACUCCAACCCCUGUGCCGACAGAGAGCACAGUGCAAAGUACAAUCAGUUCGUCUACCACUGAAUCCACUACAGUGCCAAGUACAAGUUCAUCAGCUUCACCCAGUACAUCUGCUUCUGUUGAAAGUACUGUGUCCUCUACAACAGUAACAACUGUUUUGAUACCUUCACCAAGCAGUACCAGUUCAAGCACUUUAAUAUCAACUCCGACAACAUCAACUUCAUUAACCUCGACUGUUGCACCAAAGACAUCUCUAGCACCAUCAACCUCCACUUCAGCAAUAUCGCCUACAGAGGCAGCUGUGCAAAGUACAAGCACUAUUUCUCUGCCAGCUACGUCAAUAACUACAACACCCAUUUCAAUAGCAAGCUCCAGUGAAUCUACAACUGCACAAACCACUGUCACAUCAACAUCGGUGUCAACUGAAUCAACGUCAUCCCUAUCUACUACCGUGGCAGGUGCUUCAGCAACAACACUAACACAACCAUCUUCAUCAACCAUUACGUCAGUAGGUACGUCACCAUCUACAACAGCUUCAACUACUACUACAACCCCUGUGCUGACAGAGAGCACAGUGCAAAGUACAAUCAGUUCGUCUACCACUGAAUCCACUGCAGUGCCAAGUACAAGUACAUCAGCUUCACCCAGUACUUCUGCUUCUGUUGAAAGUACUGUCUCCUCUACAACAGUAACAACUGUUUUGAUACCAUCACCAAGCAGUACCAGUUCCAGCACUUUAAUAGCAACUCCGACAACAUCAACUUCAUUAACCUCGACUGUUGCACCAAAGACAUCUCUAGCACCAUCAACCUCCACUUCAGCAAUAUCGCCUACAGAGGCAGCUGUGCAAAGUACAAGCACUAUUUCUCUGCCAACUACGUCAACAUCUACAACACCCAUUUCAAUAGCAAGCUCCAGUGAAUCUACAACUGCACAAGCCACUGUCACAUCAACAUCGGUGUCAACUGAAUCAACGUCAUCCCCAUCUAGUACCGUGGCAGGUGCUUCAGCAACAACACUAACACAACCAUCUUCAUCAAACAUUACGUCAGUAGGUGCGUCACCAUCUACAACAGCUUCAACUACUACUACAACCCCUGUGCUGACAGAGAGCACAGUGCAAAGUACAAUCAGUUCAUCUACCACUGAAUCCACUGCAGUGCCAAGUACAAGUACAUCAGCUUCACCCAGUACUUCUGCUUCUGUUGAAAGUACUGUCUCCUCUACAACAGUAACAACUGUUUUGAUACCAUCACCAAGCAGUACCAGUUCAAGCACUUUAAUAGCAACUCCGACAACAUCAACUUCAUUAACCUCGACUGUUGCACCGAAGACAUCUCUAGCACCAUCAACCUCCACUUCAGCAAUAUCGUCUACAGAAUCAGCUGUGCAAAGUACAAGCACUAUUUCUCUGCCAACUUCGUCAACAUCUACAACACCCAUUUCAAUAGCAAGCUCCAGUGCAUCUACAACUGCACAAACCACUGUCACAUCAUCAUCGGUGUCAACUGAAUCAACGUCAUCCCGAUCUACUACCGUGGCAGGUGGUUCAACAACAAUAUUAACACAACCACCUUCAUCAACCAUUACGUCAGUAGGUACAUCACCAUCUACAACAGCUUCAAGUGCAACUCCAACCUCUGUGCCGACUGAGAGCACAGUGCAAAGUACAAUCAGUUCUUCUACCACUGAAUCCACUAUAGUGCCAAGUACAAAUACAUCAGCUUCACCCAGUACUUCUGCUUCUGUUGAAAGUACUGUCUCCUCUACAACAGUAACAACUGUUUUGAUACCAUCACCAAGUAGUUCCAGUUCAAGCACUUUAAUUGCAUCUCCGACAACAUCAGCUUCAUUAGCCUCGACUGUUGCACCAAAGACAUCUCUAGCACCAGCAACCUCCACUUCAGCAAUAUCGUCUACAGAGGUAGCUGUGCAAAGUACAAGCACUAUUUCUCGGCCAACUAUUUCAACAUCUACAACACCCAUUUCAAUAGCAAGCUCCAGUGUAUCUACAACUGCACAAAUCACUGUCUCGUCAACAUCGGUGUCAACUGAAUCAACGUCAUCCCCAUCUACUACCGUGGCAGUUGCUUCAACAACAACACUAACACAACCACCUUCAUCAACCAUUACGUCAGUAGGUACGUCACCAUCUACAACAUCUUCAAGUACAACUCCAACCCCUGUACUGACAGAGAGCACAGUGCAAAGUACAAUCAGUCCGUCUACCACUGAAUCCAUUGCAGUGCCAAGUACAAGUACAUCAGCUUCACCCAGUACUUCUGCUUCUGUUGAAACUACUGUCUCCUCUACAACAGUAACAACUGUUUUGAUUCCAUCACCAAGCAGUACCAGUUCAGGCACUUCAACAUUAGCUCUGGUAACAUCAGUUUCAUCAUCCUCGACUGCUGCAACACAGACAUCUCAAGUACCAUCAACCUCCACUUCAGGAACAUCUUCUACAGAUACAGCUGUGCUAAGAUUCUUGUACUUCACAAUCAACUUUACCCUGGCCAAUUUGACUUUUACUCCAGCUAUGUCUUCAUCAAACAACUCAAUGUCUAACAAUGUGACUUCUUUGGUAGCCCAAGCUUUACUUCAAAGUAGCAUUGCAGCCACCUUUUCUGAUUGUUAUCCCGCUGCCCUCAGCUCUGACCUAGUGAGUGGCACAGAUGUGAACCUCAGCUGCACUUUUAAGAAUGACACCUCAAAGCCACCUUUGGACAGAGUGACUGUGUACCGGGAACUGAAACAGCAAACUAACAACGGCACAUCCUUGGGACCCUAUGCCAUGAGCAGCAAUAGCCUCUAUGUGAAUGGAUACCAAGAAGUUACACCUGUGCCUCCAGUCGAAAUGAUACAGUUCUUUGUUAACUUCACCCUCAGCAACCUGACUUUCUCACCAAAUUUCACGUCUUUGAAUAACACUAUAACCAAGGGGGUCACUUCCCUGGUGUCCCAAGCUCUGCAGGUGACCAGUAUUGCUCCAACAUUCUCUGGAUGUAGUCCAGUUUCUUUUAGCAAAACUCUUGUUGGUGGCACAGACGUGAACCUCACUUGCACCGUUAGGAACAAUACCUCACAGCCACCUUUCAACAAAGUGACCGUGUACAGGGAACUGACACAACUCACUAAGAAUGGCACCUCCUUGGGAUCCUACAGUAUGACUAAGGACAGUCUCUACGUGAAUGGAUACCAAGAAGUUACACCUGUGCCUCCAGUCGAAAUGAUACAGUUCUCUGUUAACUUCACCCUCAGCAACCUGACUUUCUCACCAAAUUUCACAUCUUUGAAUAACACUAUAACCAAGGGGGUCACUUCCCUGGUUUCCCAAGCUCUGCAGGUGACCAGUAUUGCUCCAACAUUCUCUGGAUGUAGUCCAGUUUCUUUUAGCAAAACUCUUGUUGGUGGCACAGACGUGAACCUCACUUGCACCGUUAGGAACAACACCUCACAGUCGCCUUUCAACAAAGUGACCGUGUACAGGGAACUGACACAACUCACUAAGAAUGGCACCUCCUUGGGAUCCUACAGUAUGACUAAGGACAGUCUCUACGUGAAUGGAUAUCACGAAGCUACUGUCGCUAGUGGUAACACAAUACAGAUCCCACUCAAUUUUACAAUUAUAAACUUAAAGUUUACCUCAGAUUUGGCCAAAUCUAAUUCCCCACUCUAUCAAUAUAUGGCAACGUUAAUUGUGACAUUGAUUAAUGACGUUUUUAAAGAUAAUUCCUUAAACAGCAAUUGUUACCUAGUGGAUUUCAGGGCAGCUAAAAAAGGAGAUUUUACUACAGUGGAUAUGCAAUGUCAGUUUGUUGAUUUUAUUGCUGUUCGAUCGGCGCAAGACUUCAGUGGAUUAUAUGAUGUUUUAAAAAAUGCAACACAAAAUCUUAACAACCUGGGGCCUUUCCAGCUUGACCAGAAUAGUCUGUUUGUCAGUGACUAUACUCAAACAUAUCCAACUACAUCUCCAGUCGUCAUCACGACCUCCACCACCACCACUGUUCCAGCAGUUACCAGUCCUGGAGACCAAGGCUAUGAACUUGACUUCACUAUUGUGAAUAAAAAUUUUACUUCAGAUCUUAAUGACCCUUCUUCCGCCUUAUACAAAGAGCUCACAAACAAUGUCAGUUCAAUGCUCUCGCAAGUGUACAAAAACAGUUCAGUGGCUAAGAACUUCAGAUACUGCAAGGUGACAGGCUUAAGAAUAGGAUCGGUGAAAGUAUCCUGCAAUUGUGUGUUUAAUUCAUCGAAUACAACAGCAGCCAUUAACAGCGUGACUCUUCAGAACAUCUUUUCAAAAGCAACUAAUGACACCACAUUACUGGGAGGAAUUUAUGAGCUUAAGAAAGGAAGUGUAGUUAUAUCAGAUCCAAUAGUUUAUCCUUCAUCCAAUAAAUGGAAUCUUUCAUACUGGGCCAUCAUUCUCAUAGUCCUGGGAAUAUUCCUGCUUUUAUUGUUGCUGUUCCUCUGUUGCUUACUGCUUGCGAUGUUAAGAAAACGCAGACAUAAAGGCUUUUAUGACAUAAUGCAAACUCCCUAUGGCCAGUACUACUCUCAUCUGAAAUGAGCUGCUGCUACUGCCUGAUCCCAGUAAGAGUGAAGUGAUGAUAUGAGGCUUCAGGAAAACGAAGGAUGAAAACUGAAUCAUAAUAUCUGAAGUAAAUUAUUAUACACAUCUAUAUUUAUUUUGUGCAAUAUGAUUUUUCUUUUCUGUUUGGAAACACUGAAUAUUUCUGUGAAGAACUUACAGAACUUACUUUUCAUUGAACUGCCAAUUUAAUCAACUUAAAGUUUAUUUGACUAGAAAAAAUGUAUCCUUUUAAAGGGUACUGGAUGAGCAUAAACUUUUAUUAGUGUGCUGGGCCACAGAGAAAGAUUAAUAACACAGUUAAAUCAGAGUUAUGUAAGAAUGUAAGAUUGUCCUCAUUUCUUCUCACUGAUUGUUGAGUAUUAUUAUUUGUAUAGUGGUAUUAAUUUUAAGCGACCAAACACAGUGAGUUACUUUAGCAAAAGUGUCCCCCUCCCAAAUGAUUAGAAACUUGAACAGAACCACAGUGUUCCUGUAAUAAAGGGUGGAUGAGGGCUAAUAAUUCAGCAGAAAAAAUCAAAAUGAAACAAAAAAGUGAGUUAAAACUUUUAAUUGUGCUACUUUCUUCACAUUUACUAAUAAAUGUCCCUUACUGCUUUAUUAUGUAACUUAUGAAAUUUAGAAUUAAUGUAUGCAUUUGAUGAGUAACUAUUGUAAAUCUGUAUUUGUAAUUUAUUAUUAUUAUUAUUAUAAAUAAAUUCUAUUUUUGAAAA